AUGGAGGCGUUUAGAGGCUCCAAAUAUGUGACCUCAGUAUUCGCCCUUCGGACGCUUUUUGCUCACGCCGUCGAUUUGUUCGCCGUGUUUAUUCCCGAUCUGGAAUCAAUGAGCAUUUCUGCUCGAAUCGAUGAGCUUUUUAACGGGUCACCGAGCCAGAUCUGCUGCUGUGAGCUGUGUAAACUGGUUUUCUACGUGGUGGUCCAGACGCUUUAUACUUUGGGCCACAGUCUGUCUCUGGUCGCCCUGACAACAGGCAGCGCCAUCCUCUGUCUGUUCCGGAAGCUCCACUGCACGAGGAACUACAUCCACCUGAACCUGUUCGUGUCCUUUAUCCUGCGCGCCGUCGCCGUGCUGGUGAAGGACGACAUCCUGUUCAACCGCAGCUCUCAGUGCUCCAGCCAGCCCUCCCUGAAGCUCCGGUGUCCCGACGUGGGCGGGAACGACCAAUCACAGUACAAGAGGCUGGCAAAAUCCACCCUGCUGCUGAUCCCUCUGUUUGGGAUCCACUACGUGGUUUUUGUGUCUCUCGGCGAGUCCAUCGCAGAAGAUUAUAAAAUAUUUUUCGAUCUUGCCCUCGGAUCCUUUCAGGGUCUGGUGGUGGCCAUUCUCUACUGUUUCCUCAACAGCGAGGUUCAGGGGGAGCUGAAGAGGAAGUGGCAGAGCGUGUGUCUGAACUGCCACCUGGGCAGAAACCCCCACCUGAGCGGCGCCUUCACCUCCAGGAACGGCUCCGAACAGACCAUGAACUCCCACCACCGGGGCUCCAGGGCCCAGUCUAUCCUCCAGUCGGAGACCACUGUGCUGAGGCUGGCGAAAUCCACCCUGCUGCUGAUCCCUCUGUUUGGGAUCCACUACGUGGUUUUUGUGUCUCUCGGCGAGUCCAUCGCAGAAGAUUAUAAAAUAUUUUUCGAUCUUGCCCUCGGAUCCUUUCAGGGUCUGGUGGUGGCCAUUCUCUACUGUUUCCUCAACAGCGAGGUUCAGGGGGAGCUGAAGAGGAAGUGGCAGAGCGUGUGUCUGAACUGCCACCUGGGCAGAAACGCCCACCUGAGCGGCGCCUUCACCUCCAGGAACGGCUCCGAACAGACCAUGAACUCCCACCACCGGGGCUCCAGGGCCCAGUCUAUCCUCCAGUCGGAGACCACUGUGCUGUAA